ACCCUCACCACGAGGCGCUAGCAUGCUAGCGGCGUUAGCUUGUGUUCUUCGGACGGUGGUGUUUUGUUCGGACGUUUGAGAGGUUUUUGGACAGAAAGGACGAUACGUGGUUCGUGUCGGAACUCUCAGCAUUUUCCAAAGUGUCGUAAAUGAGUGAAUACGUGUUGAACGUAAAGACAACGUGGCUGUGAUUGAGAGACUAGCAGAUGAUCGGAGCUGCUGCUGUUCAGAGGACGGCGGUGUUUGUGUGAGUUUGAGCUGAAGAUCUUCUGCAGCUGCAGGAACCAUGUCUUCACUUCAGUCUCUGAGAGAGUUUAUCAGCGAGCGACUAGCUGCUGCUGCUGAAGAAAUCUUCAGACACUGUGAAGGAACCAUCGUCCAGUACGAGCAGGAGCUCUGUCGUCAGCGCAGACUGCUGGAUAUCACCUUGAAGCCAGAACUCAAGCUGGACUCUAAAGUCCUCCCCCAGAAUUAUGCGAGUGAAAAGGUAGAGCUCUGCAACCAGCAAAUUAAAUCCAGAGUGGAACAGGAAGAACAAGAACCUCCACAGAUUAAAGAGGAAGAAGAAGACCAACAACCACUACCAAUUAAAGAGGAGCAAGAUAGACUUUUUAUCAGUCACAAUGAAGAGCAACUGGAAUUGAAACAGGAGACUAAUAACUUAGUGGAAUGUCCGAUCUAUGAGGAAAAUAAGCACAGUGUAGAAAAUCUAAACAAUCAUCAGAGCUUUAAUGUAACUGAUAGUCACGAAGAAGAUGGACACCAACAUGAAGAAUUAACAUCAACCACAGAUGAAGAGAAAGACCCACAGAACAGAGGUCAGAGGAAGAGAAGAGACAAUAGCCAUGACCAAAUUUUGGACAGCUCUCAUAUGUCAGGAAGUCAUUGUGACUCUGAGAUUAGUAAAAAAUGCAAUACGACAACUUUUGUGGAGAAACACAAGCAAACGCUAAACAAAAAGAGACUUUACUGUAAAAAUUCUGGUAAAAGAAUGACUAGAAAUCGGUAUGUCUCCAGGAGAACUGAGUCUGACAAAAAACCUUAUGACUGCAAAGAAUGUGGUAAAAGUUUUAGUUGGUGGUCUGGGUUUAGCAUUCACAUGAGAUUUCAUGCAGGAGAAAAGCCUUUUCCUUGUCAAGAAUGCGAAAAAAGUUUUAGUAUUUUAUCUGAUCUCAAAAGACACAAAAGAACUCACACAGGAGAGAAGCCUUUUUCAUGUAAAGAUUGCAACAAAAGUUUUAGUCAAAUAUUUGGCCUCAAAAGACACAUGAGAACUCACACAGGAGAGAAGCCUUUUUUGUGUAAAGAUUGUGAUAAAGGUUUUAGUGAAAUAUUUAGUCUCAAAAGACACAUGAAAACCCACACAGGAGAGAAGCCUUUCACUUGUAAAGUAUGUAAUACAAGUUGUAGUCAAUUAUCUGAUCUCAAAACACACAUGAGAAUCCAUACAGGAGAGAAGCCUUUCUCUUGUAAAGAAUGUGACCGAAGUUUUUAUUUAAAAUCUGUUCUCACAAGACACAUGAAAACCCAUUCUGGACAGAAGCCUUUUUCUUGUAGAGAAUGCGACAAAAGUUUUAGUCUUGUGUCCUAUCUCAAAAGACACAUGAGAACUCACACAGGAGAAAAGCCCUAUACUUGUAAAGAAUGUGAUACACGUUUUAGUCAAAUAUCCAGUCUAACAAGACACAUGAGAACUCACAUAGGAGAGAAGCCUUUUUCUUGUGAAGAAUGUGAUAAAAGUUAUAGUCGAUUAUUUGAUGUUAAAACACACAUGACAACUCACACAGGAGAAAAGCUUCAUUCUUGUAAAGAAUGUGAUAGAAGUUUUAGUCAUUUAUCUAGUCUCAAAAGACACAUGAGAACUCACAAGAGAGAAGACUUUCUCUAGUCAAAAAAUGUAAUGAAGUAAUCAGUGAAUUAUCUAAAUUUAGAAAACAGGAAAACUCAAAGCAGACAAUACGCGUUUACAUAGGAAGGAGGAAAUAUUGUUAAAAAAUUUUUUAUUAAGAAAUUUGACAUUUCUACAGUAUUUUAAUAUAGAUGUAAACAUUUUAUUCCUUUGUUUAUUUUACAAGUGAGAAAGCCCCAAAGUCUUCUGUCUCAGAAAAUUAUAUAUAUAUAUAUAUAUAUCCCU